UACGGUGGCAGUUGCAGCGGCGAGACCCCUCCGCUGCCACUUGUCCCAGCCUCAGGUCGGGGGCAGGGAGGAGGAGGACAAGCCGCCGACGCCUUCCCGCGGUCUCGGACUCUCCGUCUCUCGGUCACUCGCCCCGUUUCCCGUCACCCGUCAGAUGUGGCCGCGCGCCCCCUGCUGAGCCACUCGUCGCUGAACAGGGGGGGAUCGGGAAGAAGGAAGCGACUCGUCAGCGGGAAAGGCAGCUCCGGCGAAUCCGCAUCCGCAUCAUCGCAUCGCAUGCUGUCUCUGCGUGCGCCUGCGCCUAUUCUUUUUCUUCUUCGCCGCCGCCGCCUCCUCUCUAUAUCAGCGCCCUCUCCGGGCAGAAUCGGCAUCGGCAGCAGCAACAGCAUCAGCAUCAGGUUCAGCUUCAGCUUCAGCACAGGAGAGGUGAAGCGCGGCCGCAUUUCCAGCGCGGCUGCUCCGGCGGACAUGGCGACCGACAGCGCCCUGAGGAAGCUGGCGCCGCUGGAAGCCAUCCUGUUCGACAUCGACGGCACCCUCUGCGACUCCGACCCCAUCCACUUCUCCGCCUUCCGCGAGCUCCUGCAGCAGAUUGGUUUCAACGACGGUGUCCCCAUCACCGAGGAGUUCUACAGCGCCAACAUCAGCGGCGGGCACAACGACGACCUCGCCCGGUCUCUGUUCCCGGACAUGGAUCACCAGAAGGCUAUCCAGUUCAUGGAUGACAAGGAGGCGUUCUUCAGAAAGCUAGCACCAGGACAGUUGAAGGCCGUGGAUGGGCUGCACGACCUCUGCAGAUGGAUCGAAGGCCGCAACCUGAAGCGUGCGGCGGUGACGAAUGCUCCAAGGGCGAACGCCGAGCUGAUGCUGUCGCUGCUGGGGCUCACCGACUUCUUCCCGGUGCUCGUCAUCGGAAGCGAGUGCGACCGGGCCAAGCCGUUCCCUGACCCUUACCUCAAGGCCCUCGAGCUCAUCGGCGCAUCGCCUGACCACACCUUCGUAUUUGAAGACUCUGCAUCAGGGAUCCGAGCUGGUGUGGCUGCCGGCAUGCCUGUGGUUGGCCUGACGACUAGGAACCCUGGGAAGGCUCUCAGCGAUGCAGGAGCGAGCUUACUGAUCAACGAUUUUCAGGACCCGAAGCUGCUGUCUGUGCUGGAAGAGCUCAAACCCGUGACGGAAAAUGGGCAAGUCUGAUCGGUGAAGGGUGAUCGCAAUCAUAAUAAGAAUGUCAUGCUGAAAAAAUAAACUGCACUGCAGAAUAACUCUGAAUCCUGGGCUGGAACCUGGAAGUGAGCAUGGAUCUGUGCAGAAGCUGGUACCUGCUGCAGUGGCUCCUUGCAUUCAACUAGCAUUGCGGCGAAGCUCCUGGUCCUCCAUGAUAUCAGCUUAUGCCGCCAACCAUUUUUUUUAUAACGCAUUGAUUUAAAUAAAGGUUUUAUGCCAGUCAUUGCAUUUGAGGGAAACUUCAUGUGCCAACACUAACGCCCUAUUUAAUUUGGUGCGUGAAAUAGUUUCUUCAGAUAAGUGUCCUGACUCCUGAUGCUC